AUGGCGGAAAAUUACGUCCUUCGAAUCACAGCUGGCCCUGAUUACGACCAAUCUCAGCAGGUCGAGGUCCCAGUCAACACCGCCAAGCCCAUCACCAUCAAGAGCGAUCGCGCUGAUAUUGAGCUCAAUGUUCGCGUCAACGACUACAAAGGCCUUCCUCGCAACUCACCAACGACUUCACCAUACUUCUCAACCGAGCCUCACGCUUACAACAAGGAUCAAUACAGCAUCUCAUUCCGCUUCACGCCAAAGAAGCCCUCCAACGAUGAGAGCGAUGGAAUCAAGGCCACGGAUCUUCAGUUUGGCAAUGACUUUGAUCAUCCCAUUCGAGAUCGUCUACCGCCUGGUUUCAACACGGCUAUGAGUAUAGUGCGCUGGUGGAUUGAUCCUGGUCUGGAUGGCGAUGCCUAUGCUGAUAAGCCCUUUUUGUAUGGUCCUGCAUUGAGUUCUUUCAACACUAUCCAUGUGGGCAAAGGCGAGUUUGAUAAAGAGAAGGGUGGUCUUUGGUUUGAAGAGGGUGGCGAUGAAGAUGGUCUCGAAGCUCGUGAGGAAGUCGGCGCUCCUCUUACCAGCAAGGCGAGAAUGAAAUGGGCUCUCAGAGCUGACGCCAAAGAGAAGUGGGUGUUUGAGUAUGACCAGACAUACGGCUUCGACUUCUUCAAUCCGUAUCUCAACUUUUCAGACCUCGCGUUGAACCUACCUGGCUUCCAGCUCCCCAUCAUGAAGUACUGGGACGGUCAAGGUCUCAGAUAUGUCUUGCGCAACAAGGAAACCGGGGAGCCGUACCUUGUGAUUCUGUUCUCGCUGUAUCACAAGGAUUAUGUAAAUGAGGAUGGGUCAUUGAAGGACGGGGCACAGGAUUCUUUCAAAGGACCUGAGAAGGUUACUGAAGGUGAUGAGGAGUUUGAUGGGGACGGGGCGCUGAAGGAGGCGACGGAACAAUUGGGACCGAAGAUUGAUGAGAAGGGGAGCGAGCAGACGAGUGUUGACGAUCUUGACUAG